ACUGCAUUUAGUAUCCAUUCAUAAAUUAAAUGCAGAACUAAAAAUAAUGAAUAAAUAUAAGAUGUUUAAGAAAAAACACAUAUAUUAAGAAAAUUAUUUUUUGUCUAGAAAAUAUCAUUAAAACUAUAAAAUAAUUGUAUUCAAUCAAUUACAAAAUAGAUUAUUAAAUAUGAUUGGUUAUAUAGUUUUUAAUAAAGUAAAAAUUACCUAGAAAGUUGAAAAUAUCUUAUAUAUUGGAAGAUAAAUUUUUUUUAGAACAUCUUACAUUUAGGAAUAGAUGGAGUAGUGUUUUGUAUGAAGAUUAUUACUAUAUGGUUUAAAGAAAAUGAAGGUAAUGAUAAUACUUAAUUUAUUUUCGUUUUUAAAUUAAGGUUGAGAAUGCCUUAUUUUUUUUAAAUUAAGUUAAAAUGCCUUAUUUUUAAAAAUUAAUAAACAUAGGUUGAGAAGAAAUCUGAUCAACCAUCAAGAAAGAAACUAAUUCAACUUGAUGCAGAUGGCUGAAUGAUCGUGUUUUUGUUCUAUUUCCCAUUAGACUCUACUCUUCUCUUCUCCCUCACUCUCUCCUCCGAUUCUCCACCGCGUCGCUCACCUAACUCAUGCUUGAUUUCUCACGGUCUCCGGCAUCCCUCUGUCGUCUUUUUCAGCAAUCGAUACCUCCUUCCGUAUCCCACAUGCUAACAAUGAAGCCGCCAGGGUUCUCCUACAACCGCCUCCAGUUUCUACCUUAAAGGUUCCGUCUUGGUGUUUUACUAGUCUUGAUCAAAUCGGGUUCGUGGUGGUUUCCACCGAAGACGACUUUGGUGAUGGAAUCCGGGUCAUGGGUUUGGAUAAAGGUGAACUCUUAGUGGCGAAAGAGCGACUCUUUUCUAGAGUUUUGAAGAUUUCAGUGUCUGAUUUGAGAGUAGUGUAUAAGUGUUGAGAUAUCUCCUUUAUUACUCACAUAUCUUAUGAGUCAAUCUGCCAAGGACCUCUCUAAAAACCUUUUUUUUUUUGAAUUAUUUUUAAUUCGAAAAACUGAUCGAUUACCUUUUCGCUCUUGAUUACUAACCCUAAAUAUCUAUGGAUCAGUUUUUAUUUAUGAGCCAAUCUCCCAAGGACCUCUCUAAAAACUUUUUUUUUUUUGAAUUAUUUUUAAUUCGAAAAACUGGUUGAUUACAUUUUUACCCUUGAUUACUAGCCCUAAAUAUCUAUGAAUCAGUUUCUAUUUACUUAUUCUUUCAUUUUCUCUGCUAUGGCUUCUACCUCUUCCUCUCUGCAACUUCUCUUUUUCUUCUUUCUUCUUCAGUAUCAAAUCCGAUAAUGAAGAUUCUUUAUUUCUUUCUUUGUUUCGAUCUAAUAACCACAUAAUCAAAGAUGACACAUAAACUAAAUCGGUUGAAGAGUGCUCACGGUUCAAUCUGAGAUUAUAUCUGAAAACCAGAAGAAGAAACUGAUCCGCGGUGGCUCACAGCCUGAUGUGCCGACAAAGAAGGUGACAAAAAAAAGGAAAAAAAGAGUGGAUACCUUUUAGAUCUACUUGGUUUUAGGGUUUUUAUUGUUCUGGGUUUAUUCGAUUUAGGGUUCUUAAAGAUAUUUCUAGGGUUUUUUUUAUGAUUUAGGGUUCUUAUUGUUCUUGUUGCUCUUUUCAAUGAAUUUUUGUGUAUUUAUUUAUUUCAUCUUCCGAUCUGGAUUCAGUAUAACUCGGGAUUAGUAACUUAGUCGUACUCGGUAAAACUAACUAAGUAGUACUUAGUAUUACACAGUAUAACUAGUAGAACUUAAUCAAACUCAGUAUAACUAACUCAGUGGUACUUAGUAGUGCUCGUUAUUACGCAGUAUAACCACUAUAACUUAGUAGAACUCAGUAUAACUACACCUUAGUAGUAUUCAGUAUAACCAGUAUAAUCCAGUAUAAUCCAGUAUAACUCAGUAUAACUAAGUACAACUAGGUAAAACUAUACAAAUUGUAGUAUCCGAAAUUUGAAAUUUUAAAAAUUUAAAAUUUUAAGAAACUUGAAAUUUUGGAAUUAUUAUUUAUUAUUUUCGAAAAUAAUAAUUUCGAAAAAUAGAAAAGUAUAAAAUCUGGUUUCCAUAUUUCAUUAAAGCAACAAGGGUAUAAGAAAUUUGCGAGACCAUAGGAGAUUGCUCUGUAACAUAUAGGGGCAUGAGAGGUGAUGACGUGUUCUUCUCGGUUGAGAUGGGUUAUGUUAUGGUUUGUUUACUGUAUUCGGUUCAUUGGUACUGUGUCAAGUACGAUGAGUGUCGAGACAGACCGGUUCUGAGCUUAUAUUGGAGGUCAGCAGUUUGAAAGCUGUUCGGUUUGGAGCUCUCAGCUUACUGGAGAGUGUUUGGUGUUGUUAGAUAACGGCGAGGUCUUUUUGUUUAUACUGAACGAGAGACAUUGCAGUGGAUUCCAGGGGCAAAGCCAGAAGAUUUACUCUAUGGGUGCAUCAUUUAAUAAGAACAAAAUUAGAAUGAAUCGAAGUUGAAAAUUAUUGAGUGCACAAUAUGAAUUUUUACCAAUUUAGCUAACAAAUUCUAUUGGUUUUAGGCUUAAAAAUGUAAUCUUUAUUAUUUUUGUGGGUGCACUUGCAUCCUUAGUUGACAACGUGCCUUCGCCCCUGGUGGAUUCAGAGGCUGCAAGAUGAAAGUUUCUUCGGAUGAUCAUCAAGGGAAGAGUUGGUUAGGGUGUGAGUUUGGUUGGAGGCUUGGGACUCUUAUAGUUGCUCGGUCUUUGUUAUCACCAGAAGCUCUGGGAGUUGUUGUAGUCUGGUGUAAUAACAAACCACUCAACAUCACCGUUUGCUGAGGACAUGUAUGAGAGAACAAAAGAUUUUCUUAUGGAGUAUGAAGUGGUGAUUAGUAGAUGGCCACAAUACACAUUGAUUUCAGAAAAGAGAGAGCCAUUGUUAAAUCACUUGAGAAACAAUACAGUGAUAUAUUGACUCCUUUGAAAGACACCAUUCCAAAGAGGCUAAAUAAGCAUGUUCAGAAGCUGACAAGAAGGCAGUCAUCAGCUCUCUGCUCUGUUCCAACUCGACUGGGAACUUUUGUCAACACCAUAAAGAGAAUUAUUGAUGUUCUACAUCAGAGAGUUGAGGAUAUUUUGAGACAAUGGGCUUCGUGUCUUCCUGUCAUUGAGUAUAAGAAGUUACUCUUUGGGGCGCAGACGAAUGUCAUCACGGUGUUGCUAAGGACAAAAUUCAGAGACUUACAUGCAUCCAAGCCUCGGUUGAUAAACUUGUCAGCAACACGCAAUCAAACAAAAGCACAAGGCUGAAGAAGAUAGUAGACAAAUUUACUAUGUGCUUUCUAUCUUAUAAAAAAUUUAAACAGAAAAUGUCCCACAUUUUUUAAUUUGUUUACUAGAGAAAUAGAUAUUUUCUUUUUAAAAAAAAAACUUAAAGAAAGACUUCAAAACUCUUCUUAUUUUUUGUAAAUACAAUCCAAUAAUAUUAAUUUCACUCUGCCAAAUUUAUAUAUUUAUGACAUUAAAAUCAAUGACCGUCCAGUAUACCUGCCGCAUGUCAUUGACUAUUCAUUCACUUCACUGGUCAUAGUCUACCGUUGACUUUUUUGAUAACCUACCUAAAACAUGUGUCAUGACAUUGACACCAUUUGUGUUUAUACAAAUGCAUACUCUUAAGGACAAAAAACUUCAUUUUCUUCUUAACUUAAUAUCUAUGAAACAUUUAUAAUUUCAGAUGUCCACAUACUUCAGAUCCAAGCAAACACAAGUUAAAUAACAUUCAUUUCAGGGCAUCCGGUUUGAUUGAAUUUUUUUGGUUAUGUUUUAUAUCUUUAUAUAUAAAGUACAGCUUCCUUCUCUCCCAGGGUUCCACGUCGCCAUCCACGUCAUCAGUUCGGAUGCUAUCGAGCCGACACCUGUUCCGCAGUACAAAACGCAGCACUUCGUCAUCUGGAUCACGUCUGCGCUUAUAAACUUAACGCGUAUGUUAGAUCGGACAGUUUUUUCGGCCCGUAAUCCCUUAUGUGUAGCCCUAAUCUAUUUUCACAAUGUUGUGUGUGUUCUUUGUUCUUCAUUGUUCGACGGCUACGGUGAAUCUUGUCCUUCCUCA